AUGAAUAGAUCAAUGAUAAGUUCUCAACAUCUAGAAGAACAAUUGUUACCUGAUACAGAACUUGUUAGCUCAGAUUGUGAAAAUAGUUAUGUAAUAAAGGGAAAGUAUGACAACUCUAUAACAACUAAAAAAUUCCUGCUGAAGAUUUGUAUAAUUGUAUGUACUGAAAUACUUAUAACAGUAUUAAUUACUACAAUAUUCAGUAAUGUAACAGCAAUCAAAAAGGCAUUGAAUGAACAUCCAUGGAUAUCACCAGCUUUCGGGAAAGUUAAUUUGGUUCAAAGAAUUGACAAACAAGAAACUUCAAAUUCAAAUCAUGCAUUCUUAUUACAGAAAAUUGAAAUUUAG